GAUAGAGGAUUAAGGGGCAAAGGGACAAUGGUGACAGUGUCCAAGCUUGAACUAGAUCAAGCUCAAUUAGUCGUGAUGAACAAUAACGCAGAGGUUCAACCAUAUAUAACUGACCAUAUGGAGCUGUUACAAUCAAUGGUUCCAAGAAAUCAAAAAAAUAAACAAAAAUGGGUUGCAGACCAACAUCGUCAAACUUUCAUUGGGUGGUUAAGGAAUACCAUUAUAGCAAAGUUGAACGAACCGAAUCAUGGAGUAUCUGAUGUGUUGAGUCGUAUUGCCCUUGGACCAACUUUUGCGGUUGCAAAGCAUGAAGCGUACAUUGUAAGGGGUAAACGUUUUCAUACAAAGUCAAGAGAUGAUGCUCGAGAGGUUCAAAAUAGUGGUAUACGUAUCGUCGUAGAAACUAUGCACUUUGCAAGUGCAAAAGAUAGAAACCCUGUUUUAGGUACUAUGACGUAUUACGGGGUCAUUGAAGAAAUAUGGGAGCUCAAUUAUUUUGCGUUCCGAAUUCCACUUUUUAAGUGUUCUUGGGUUGACAACAACGUUGGAGUAAAAACUGACGAGCUUGGUUUUACUUUGGUUGAUUUAAGUAAGAGAGGAAGCAAGAAUGAUCCAUUCAUCAUGGCUAGCCAAGCAGCUCAAGUUUUUUACAUUUCUGAUCCGGCUAAUGAUAAAUGGUCUAUUGUUUUAUCGACACCAGAGAGGAGGUUCUUAGAGACUGAAGAGGAUGAGGAGAAUGCUGACUUAUGUUACGAUGACUUCAUUGUUGGACAACCAAUUCAUGAGCAACUCAUGGGAAUUGAUCGUAACAUUGAGGAAGACGACGCUGAAUACAUUAGAAACGAUAUCAAUGAGGGAAUAUGGGUCAAUUGUGAUUCAGGCAAACAUAAACGAAAAAAGAAAAGAAAACGUGUCUAAUUGGUAACUUGAUAUAUAGCUUUUAAUAUUUGAAUGGUCCUGAAUACUUAACAAUUUGUUUAUGCUUUUAAUAUUUCAUAUACACUACUUGUUAUAUAUGUAGCUAACUUUGAAGUUUGUUUGUUAAUGGU